CAAUCAUCUGUUAAAGAAUUUGUCUUCCUGUCUUUCCCAGUACACCGUGAGAUGCAGAUCUUCUUCUUUCUCAUCUUGCUGCUCACUUACCUCCUCAUCCUCAUGGGAAAUGUAGUCAUUCUCUGCCUUAUAUGGACCAACCAAAGUCUCCACACUCCCAUGUAUUUCUUCCUCAGCAACUUGUCUUUCCUGGACAUCCUCUUCACUACAGUUAUUGCCCCCCAAAUGCUCUCCAAUCUUCUGGCUGAAAAGAAAAUAAUUUCUUUCUCUGGCUGCCUCACCCAGCUUUAUUUUUAUUUCUUCCUGGGGACGGUGGAAUUCAUCCUUUUAGCUGUCAUGUCAUUUGAUCGUUAUGUGGCCAUUUGUAACCCAUUGAGAUACACUGUAAUUAUGAAUGGAAGGGUCUGUUUCUUAAUGGUGUUGGGAUGUUGGGUUGGUGCCUUUUUCUCAGUUCUUUGUCCCAUAGUUGUUGUCUCCAGACUUCCUUUCUGCCGGCAUGCCAUCAACCACUUCUUUUGUGAUAUUGCACCUUUGUUGGAAGCAGCCUGUGUGAACACCCACUUCAUAGAACUCCUUGAUUUCCUGAUGUCUUCCCUAGUGAUCCUGAGCUCCUUGAUGCUCACUGUAGUAUCUUACACCUACAUCAUCUCCACCAUCCUCAAAAUCCCAUCUGUACAAGGGAGGCAGAAGGCCUUUUCUACCUGUGCCUCUCACAUCACUGUGGUCACCAUCGCCUAUGGAAGUUCCAUCUUCAUGUAUGUCCGCCCGAACCAAAACUACUCCCUGUCCUUUGAUAAGGUCGCUGCUAUCCUGACAACGGUGGUGACUCCACUUUUGAACCCUUUUAUAUACAGCCUCAGGAACGAGAAAGUCAAAGGAAUUUUGAAGGAAGCUCUAAAUAGGACAUUUCUGUAUAAGCAUGUGACUUGA